AUGAAAUAUACAUUAUUAUUUUUAUCGACAUUGGUUCUUUUGGGAUCAAUUCAAUAUAUUCAAUCUACCCCAUUAGAUGAUUAUGUAAAUGCACCAGAUGCAAGCUAUAAAUGGACUUUAAAUAACACAAUUCAUGCCACCACAUAUACUGCCUUUAUUUUAGAAUUGACAUCACAAACAUGGAUGACUACAGCUGAAUCAGAUUGGCCAGUUUGGAAGCAUUGGUUAUCAAUUUGUGUUCCAAAUGAAUAUAGUUCAAGUACUGCUUUUAUGUAUGUAGAUGGUGGUCAUAACACUAACUGGCAAACUCCAAACAGUGUCGACAGUACCAUUGAAAUUGCAUGUCUUGCUUCAAAGGGAAUCACUGUUGGUCUCACUCAAAUUCCAAAUCAACCAAUUAUGUUCUUUAAUGAUGGUGUUGGUCGUUCUGAAGAUGCAUUAAUUGCUUACACUUGGAGACAUUUCUUGAAUAACACUGAAGAUCCAGUCUGGUUAGCAAGAUUACCAAUGACCAAAGCUGUUGUCAAGGCUAUGGAUGCAGUUCAAGAGUUUGGUAAGACUAUUCCAUACGAUGUUCAAAACUUUGUUGUUGCUGGUGCAUCCAAGAGAGGUUGGACCACUUGGACUACUGCUGCAGUCGACUCUAGAGUUGUUGUUGCCGUUCCAAUUGUCAUGCCAAUUUUAGAUAUGGUUCCAAAUAUGGGACACCAAUGGCAAGCCUAUGGUAACUGGUCAUUCGCUAUGCAAGACUAUUUGGAUCAAGGUAUCAUGGCUUAUCUCAACACCCCAGAGAUGGAGCAACUCGCUGCUAUUGUCGAUCCAUACAGCUACAUCGAUCGUCUCACAAUGCCAAAAUACGUCGUUUGCUCGACUGGCGAUGAAUUCUUCUUGCCAGACUCACCAUCUUUCUUCUUCUCACAAUUGUUGGGUGAGAAACACUUGCGUUUGGUCCCAAAUGCCGAACACAGUUUAAUUGGACACCAAUUGGAUAUUAUCAUGGGUAUCGUCACAAUGAGUCGUCUUUACAUCCAAAACCAAACUCGUCCAGAGUUUGAUUACAACAUUGCCUUCAACUCGAACGGUACUGCCACCAUCACCUUGACCGUUCAACCAGGUACCAAAACACCCUACAAGGUCAAGUCAUGGGAAGCCAUCACCGAGUCUGCAGAGCGUCGUGACUUCCGUUUGAUCACCUGUAUGGAUCCAACCAAGUGCAUCCAACCAAUCCUCUGGAAGCCAGAGACCCUGACCGGUGUCAACGGAGUGUACACCGCAACCAUGGGAGCUCCAACAGUUGGUUGGAGAGGAUUCUUCUUGGAAGCCGAAUACGUUUACGAAAACCCAUUCGAGGCUGAAUACACCAUGAAAUACACCUCUGAAGUCGCUAUUGUACCAAACACCUUACCAUUCCCACCAUGUGGAAACAAUUGUCAAGUCCGAUACAAGAACUCAAAAAUAGAUAUGAGUGGAGCCGAUGCACAACCACAUAUUGGUGUAUUGCCAAAACCAGGGACAGAUGUAGUACUGUUGAAUGACCAGUUAGCUAUCAUCAAAGAUUGUAAUUAUAGAUUGGUCAAUUCGAUUACAGGUGCCGAAUCUAUCCAAAAGGAGAAGGAUUCCAUCAAUGUAAAUGAACCGGUCAAGGGAUACGACCAUCUCUUGAGAAAGAUUAGUCGCUUGCAAUACUACAUCUCCAUAGAGUCAGAAGAUUUGAUCAAUUCCAUCGAGCGAUUGGAGAGUCUAGAGAUUCACGGUCAUAUCAAGCACAGAAGAAAGGAGAGAAGAUUAAAGAAGAGAACAGAGUCAUUGGCUGCGUUGUCUGCUGCCGCCGCACACUGUAAGGAUGCACCGUCCACCCAACAACACGACGUAGCAGCAACAUCAAGAACUACCACCACCACACAGCAUGAGCACCAACACGAGAGUGCACAUGGCCUAAAGGUUAGCAACGAACCAAAGACCCACCACCAUCUCGAGCCGGAAGACUUGGAUGCCACCGUCCAAGAUUCCAGUGAAUCUUCCGAUUCCUCGUCGGAUUCGUCCGAGAGUGACGAGGAGAUCAAAUUCGGACCAAGAAAAUUAAGAAAAUUCAGAAAGUUGCUCUUGGGAAAGAUAGAGUGUCUCAUCAACUAUCUCGAUAAAAUGUCAAAAGAACUCUCAGAGAUGAAGGAUAGAGCGUUCGAGAGAAAGAAGAUCAUGCCACACAUCCCAUGGGAUCUCUCAUUGAAAGACAGUUUCGACCUACAAUCACCAGAGGUCAGAAGAAUGAUCAAUUCUCCACCACCUCCAGCACCACAAGCCACAACAACAACAACUACUACUACAACUACAACUAACAACAACAACAACAGCCUUGUCAACAAUAAUCCAGCGGUACUUCACAGUCACAAUGGAGCACCAUGCACCAACGCUGCACAUCUCCAUAUCCCACAUACUCAUGUCAAAGCCAUUUCACCAUUGACAGAGUCCAUCAAUAACACUCGUAUGCUUUCACCAAUUACACCAUCGAUUGACCUGAGAGCAAGCCACGAGAGAUGUUGCUCACCAGCAUUCAAUGAGCGUUUUAAGAAUUUAAAUAUACAAUCACCACAGGAGAUCUUCCAAGUUGACAAUAUACAGUAUGCUGAUGAAGAUGAUUUUGACAAUCAAACCUACACCAAAUCACCAUCAACACCAGUUCAACAAUUAAAUCAAUACCGUCAAAGAAAGAAGGAAGAUAAACAACAUUCUUAA